CACAGCAGCAGCGGCAGCGCGGCUGCUGACCCAGGAGCUGCGAGGGUGCCAGCCCAUGGCAGAGCCUGCCCUUCUCCUCGCAGCCCAGAUGGAGAGGCUGGCCCCGGUGUCCCUGGCCUCACCGUGUCCCCGGAUCCCACGGGCCCGCAUCGUCCGGCAGCCGGGGCGCUGUGCCCGGCGCUGGACUGACUUGGGCUGCAGCUCUGGCCCCUCCUCAGGCCCAAUGAGUCAGCUUCCCCAGAAGGAUCCCCCGCGAGCACACCCUGCCAAAUGCUCCCAUUCCCAGCUGUCCUCGGCGGAGAGCUUGUCCAUGGAUGGCUUUUGGAUGGAGGUGGAGCAGAUCCAACAGAGGGAUGAGCGGAAAGCAGAGGAUGGCAGUGGGAGUGAAGGGCGGCUACCAGAAGAAGGAGAAAUCGAAUCCCAGUGGCUACAGGACACAGGCCUGUCAGGCCUCCUUGGUGGCCUGGGCUUGGACAGUCAUCCCCGGAGGCUCCUGUCCACACUUACACGGACCCAGGUGGCUGCUGUGUGCCGCCGGCUGGAAAUCUACAACUGCUCGGCCCGAAGACGCCACAAGGCACCUGUCAGAGAUGUCAGGGACAUCUUUGGAGGCUUCAGUUCAGGGGAAAUGUCUUCAGAGAAUGGGGACUCGGGUAUGAAAUGGACCCAGCUCAGUUCCGGGACUCCUAAGUCUCCUUCAGCAGCAAAGCCUGAGGGGCUGCAGGCACAGGCUGGGAGGGAGGAAGUCUUCCACAUGGACUCUGCCUACUCGGAACAAGCUGUGCUGCUCCUGCAGAGGGGCGGGCCGCCCCUGAGAAGCACCUGUACCUGGAGCCAGGGUUCCCUGCCGAAGUUUAGGAUCCCCAAAGGCAGACUUGGCUUGACCAGGACAGGAGACUUGUCCUUGGAAGACAUGAAAAAGAUCCAUGCUUUGGCCCUCAUCGAGUUCACUGCACUCUGUGACGUCCUCGGCUUGGACCUGAAAAGGAGCAAGGCAGGGAAGCGGAAGGCAACAGAAACUCGCCUUUUCGGCGUGUCCCUCGAAGCCCUGCUGGAAGCGGACCGUAAAGCGCUCCCCAGUACCCAGGUCCCGCUGGUCCUUCAAGCUCUGUUGUCCUGUUUGGAAAAGAGAGGACUAGACACGGAAGGCAUUCUCAGGGUACCUGGAUCCCAGGCCAGGGUCAAGGGACUGGAACAAAAGCUGGAGAGAGAUUUCUACACUGGCCUGUUUAGCUGGGAAGAGGUCCGCCACAACGAUGCAUCCGAUUUGCUCAAAAGGUUCAUCCGGGAGCUGCCGACACCCCUGCUCACUGCGGAGUACCUUCCGGCCUUCGCUGUGGUGCCCAACAUCCCCCACCUGAAGCAGCGCCUGCAGGCUCUCCACCUGCUGAUCCUGAUGCUGCCGGAACCCAACCGAAAUGCCCUGAAGGCACUCCUGGAAUUCCUCAGGAAAGUGGUGGCCCGGGAGCAGAGCAACAAGAUGACUCUGUGGAAUGUUUCCACAGUGAUGGCCCCUAAUCUCUUCCUGCACCGAGGGCAGCCCCCCAAACUCCCCAAGGGCAAGGAGAAGCAGCUGGCAGAGGGGGCAGCUGAGGUGGUGCAGAUGAUGGUGCAUUACCAGGACCUGCUUUGGACGGUCGCCUCUUUCUUGGUCGCCCAGGUGCGAAAAGUGAACGACAGCAGUAGCCGGCGCCCCCAGCUCUGCGAUGGAGGCCUCAAGACCUGGCUGCGAAGAAUACACGCGGACAGGGGCAAGGCAGGGGAUCGCCCCGAGGCGACUCCCAAAGUGGCAAAGAUCCAGGUGGCCUGGCCUAUCAAAGAUCCCCUGGAGGUGCCCCUGAGCCCCAGCACCAAAGUAGCCCAUGUCCUCAGGCAGUUCACAGAGUGCCUCAGCCCUGGUUUCCAGGGUCAAGAGGGCAGUGAGGACAAGGAGAGCCUCCUCCCACGCAGGUCCGUGAAGUCAGCCAACACCGUCCUCUACGAAAUUGGAGGGAAUAUCAGUGAGCAUCGCCUGGACCCAGAUACCUACCUCUUAGAUCUGUACCGCGCCAAUCCCCUUGGCCAGUGGGUCAUUAAACAGCCCCACCUAAGCCCCGGACUCUAAGGAGCAGCCCUGGAUGCCACACCUCCGCCCCCUACAGGCUCUGGGCUCUGUGCCGGUGCGCCAGCGAGGGAGCGCAGCUGCCUAAGGAGAAGGCCUAGCUCUUCCUCUAAGGCGUCUUCUCCUCUGAAAUGCCUCUCAGGUCCGGAGAAGGCUCGCAGCUGGGGCCGUCUCCUUCCUGCGGAGCCCUCACCCUGUGUAGUCCCGACCAUCAUG